UGAAUGACAAUCUCGUCUCGUACAGCUUGUUAUGGCUAUGUAGACUACGUUUGAUGCUACAUUACGUUUGUAAAAUGUACGAACCCUGACUUUUGAUAAACGUCUUAUAGACAUUAUUUCCUGAAUGUGUAAUCUGCAUACAAAAUUUUUUGACUGAAUGUUGCACUGGUAGUUAGGAGGUCGGUUUGUAUUGUGCUAGUUCAGCUAACAAAGCAUGUAUCUGUUGUACACUAUAUUAUCAGCACUCUUGUGCUUUUUGAUAUUGAAAUGGAUGAAACGGAGGAGGUAUUGCAUGGAUGUGAAGAGACUAGAUGGGAAAACGGUUCUUAUAACUGGGGGGAAUUGUGGUAUCGGGAAGGAGACAGCUGUAGCACUGGCUUUGCGGGGUGCUCGUGUCAUCAUUGCCUGCAGAGAUGAGGAGAAAGCGAGGAAGGCCGUUCGAGAGAUCAGAGCCAGGAGCCACAGUAUGAAUGUGCUUUUCAUAGAGUUGGACCUGGCCAACAUGAAGUCUAUACGAGAGUUCAGCAAAACCUUUUUACAGCAGGAGAAGCGGCUAGAUAUUCUGAUCAAUAACGCAGGCAUGCCCAGCGUUUUGGACUGGACCGAUGACAACUUCUCCAUGUGUUUUGGUGUGAACCACCUUGGCCACUUCUUACUUACCAACCUCCUCCUCCCGCGGCUAAAAGAGAGCUCACCCAGCAGGGUCAUCACGCUCACCUGCUCCAGCUACAAGUACCAGAAAUUGGACUUCCAGGAUCUCAACUACAACCUGUUCCCAUUUUUCACAUACUGUCGCAGCAAACUGGCCAAUAUUUACUUCACGCACGAGCUAGCUCGCAUGAUGGAGGGCAAAGGAGUGACUGCGUAUGCGGUUCACCCUGGUUACGUUCAGAGUAACUGGACCUGCCAUUUUUCAGUUCUGUUCCGGAUCGUGGUGCAGGUGGUGAUGUUCAUGUUUUUCACCUCGUGUGAGGCUGGGGCGCAGACGGUCGUGUAUUGCGCCGUGUCAGACGAGGUUCUUCCGCACAAUGGAAGAUACUUCGCUGACUGUCAGCCGGCCCCUCUACAAGCUUUCGCUAGAGACCCUGGAGUAGCAAAAAAACUUUGGGAGGCCAGUGAGAGACUAGUUAAACUGGCCUGAAGCCACUAAUAUUAUUUGCAUGUUCGAUUGUGAUACUUAUGUUAUUAAUUUAUGGAACACAGUGUGACUUGUUUGUAAGAAUUUGUAUGAUUGUUUGUUAAUUAUGAUUUACUGUGAUUUUACACUCUUGUGUGUUUUUUAACAAUGUAUAUUUGAUGAUUAUUGACAUGUUUGGGUUAUUCAUCAUUCAGUUUUUCAUUACCUAUAUUUUUUAAAAAUUCCAACUUUUACCCAGACCAGUAGGUGGCGAUAUGCACGAAGAGUGCAAAUUGCAAAAAAACAAAAAGAAGAAUGUGGAAGUAAAAGUGGAGAUUUAUAGUAAAAAAGGAUUUAAAUUUGAUCUGUUUUUCACCAACACCUAUAAUUUUGCUUCUGACAACAUGGUUUUAACCAAUGGAGUUUUGCUGCAUUUAAAUGCUUUUUGGAGCUUCAGAGAUUUGCCCAACACUUACUUGCAUUGUAUGGACCUACAGAGCUGAAAUAUUCUUCUAAAAAGUUUUGUUUGUGUUCUGCAGAAGAAAGUCAUAUUUCAAGUUUUGCAUGUCAACUGGUUCCUCCCCCAUUUACUACACUUUACUGUCUUAUGAUAAAAAUCUGAUUUCCAAACUUUUUGACCAGAUACUUUCCAUUAACUACUUAUUUAUAUAUAUAUAUAUAUAUAUAUAUAUAUAUAUAUAAAUCAUUUUAGAGAAGUAAAUAAUGGGUUUAAACAUAUAUUUUAUAUAUGCACUAUACAUUACAAACUUAUUAGUGUACAAAUGUCUCCUUUAAGACCCACAA